AUUAGUACAUGUUUUACAUGUACUUUAUGUGGGGGAAAAUGCUCCUAUUUACCCCAUUCGACGACACCUUUGGCUCUCUCUCUCUCUCUCUCUCUCUCUUUCUCUCUCUCUCCUUCCCUCCCUUUCUCCCCUGGGCGCUCUCACUCGCUCUCGUCCUGCGCGCAGUGCGCGAAGCGUCGCGGCGGGAGCAGACUCGCUGGGAUAUAUACACACGCAAUAUCAUAGCCGCGGACAGUCGACACGCGGCACUCGUUCGAGGAGGAUCUCCUUGCGCUCUCCUUCCUGCGACUGAGGGGGAGAAAGAAAAGAAAGAUUUGAUUGCGAUAAGGAAGAAGGAGGAGAAGUGAAGUGUUUUAUCUCAUUUCGAUCUUGACGCUCUCGACGAUAAAUUUUUUUUUUUCGAGAAGAAUCUCCGCGGUAUCGUUACAAAUCGAAAUUCGAUUACUCGCCAUUUUAAUCGCGAUCGUUUCUUUUUGCGCGAUGACUUCGUCAUCGUCGUCGUCGUUCAUUAACGGAAAGAAGAAGAGGUACGUUGCGACGAGAUUCCCUUAUCGGACAUCCGGCUCGCACACGGCGCUUCGCGCUCAAGCGGAGCGCUCUUAGAAUGCCACGUGCCGGCAUCUAAGAGAGAUCGAUCGGACACCUCGCUCGAUCCCGCCAACGAAACGUCAGCUCCAACUCCCUCUCUCUUUCUUUCAGGACGGUAUUUCUCGGUCGAAGCAGCUGAACGUGCUUCCAAAGUAGAAAGACGUUCUUCGUAGAAGAACGAUGAUCACAGGUGGAAGUAACCGGAAUUAACUGGAGUCGACCGGAUCGAGGAUCUUACGCAUCUAUCGAAGAGAAUUGAUCCUUGGAGAGGAUAUAACCGUACACGUUCAUUGGAGGACAAAUAAUUGAACAAAAUCCAUCCCUCACGCACGGAUAAUAAGUAGCCGGCGUGAAACCGGCCACGAGACCGUGUCUCUGGCUAUGGGCAAGCUCUUAAUAAUCCCUCAAAGUGAUACUACUCGCGACAACGCAAGGGUGAACAGCAAGGGCGAAGAGCAGGAGAGAACGACGGCAACGGCGGCGAUUGUCGUCGGAUCCAGCGCGACGAGUGGCGCGAUCGCCGAUAGCGCUGCCGCCGAUCGCGAUCGUCGAUUCCUUAUCGCGUCGAUACUCGACAACGGCCUGUCAAGGGGAUGCGAGGAUGAAUCUCGCCCGAUCUCGGGGAUCGUUGAUGCGACGAGGAGGACAACGAUCGACAACGUUGUCCGGAGCGUUGAUCUCGCGCGAAACAACGCUCUUGACCGCUGGAACGCCAGGAUUGCCGUCGACGAUGGUCGCACUUGUUGCUUCUCGAGCGUCGACGUCGCCUCGUUUUUCCCGCGCAGACGUGCUCGCGAUCGAGCCAUCAGCUGCGAUCACUUCACCUGCGGACGCUCGUCGUUGAUCGAGCGGCGAAAUCGUCGACGAGCUGUCAGCUCCUCGCUAACUCGUAGCAGAUUUUUCACUGCGCCGAUCGAAGUAGCGGAAGUUGAGAAAUCACCGCGUAAUACAGUGGAUGAUGUUGCAAUCGGACGUGAAGCCCGGAAUCGAUUCUCCGUUCCGUACGUCGAUAGCACGGACCGAGUUUCCAAGUGUGAUGGAUGUACCUUAUCCGACAGUAGCGUAUUAAAUAAUGUCAGCGGAUCGCCGAGAACCGUUCUCGAGACUCGAGAGUCGAUCGAUGUUAACGAUACGGGAAAUGUUUGGGCCAAUAAUAAUAUCUGUAAUCCUGCUGGACUGAUUGGCCUCGUUAAAUCCUCGUGUAUUUUCCGCGAAGAAAUAGUAAAUCGAAGAAAUACGUCGUCUUCAUCGCGAUUCCCGGCGAGAAUCGAUCGUAACGGACAAACCUGGCGGAUCAAGACGUAUUGGAGAUUGCCAAGGAUCGGCCUCGUUCUGCGAGGCCUUCUAUUGGGACUACUUGUAAUGAGUUUGCUCUGCGAUGUAGUGCUGGCCGCGCCGCCAUCGUCGUCAUCGUUGUCGACUUUGGAGGCGAUAGAUACAUUUGAGGAUGGCAUCGAAGAAGAGGAGCUGGUGCCGAGAAACAAACUCGGUAAUGACGAGUUAGAGAUUAUCAAAAGGAGCAUUAUGCAAGGCCUCGGACUUCAGAGGAUACCCGAUCCUUCAAAGGCUAACGUGAGCCAAGCCGAGUAUGAAAGAGCGCACAGAGAGUACCUGAAACAAGUACAGCUGUCACACGACGGACAGGAGUCUAGAAGACGCCGAGAUCUCCACGUGUUUCAAACUACAGAACAUCCGGGAAACAGAUCAAGCGUUAACUGGAGAGGAGGGAAUCACCAUCACUUCCUGUACUUCCCCGUCGCGGUUUCCGACACCGAAGAUGUCACGGUUGAUCACGCGGCUCUGAGAUUCCUUCUUGAAGGUGAUUAUAGACGCCCGCGCGAUCUGGAAGUGCUGGUUUAUUUCUGCACGCCGAUUUCCCGACGUCUCCUGCUGCGGCGCAAAAUUUCUCGGAUACAGUCGACGGACUCCCGAUGGUUGGAAUUGGACUUCACCGAAGCGGCCGCUGACUGGCUCGAGCGGAACUUGGAUAAUCAUGGUCUCGAGUUGGAGUUUCUUCACGACGGCCAACCGACGCGGCGCGAUAUCUCUUAUACAACCUUAAAUGUAUUCACCACGUUUGAAUCGAGUAGUAGGAGAAAGAGAUCCACCCCCGAGGAGAUAAUGUCGCUGCAUAAGGGACGGCGUAGCAAGUGCAAGGGCAACAAUAAUAAGAAGUGCUGCCGGCACGAAUUGACGGUGAUGUUCAAGGACUUGGAAGGUUUCGAUUUUAUUGUGUAUCCGAAAAGUUUCGAUGCUGGAUAUUGCAAAGGUCGUUGCCCACCCCGUUACAAUCCAGCGCAUCAUCAUGCGCUAUUACAAAGUCUGUUAUGGAAAGAGGAUCGAAAGAGGGUACCCAAACCGUGUUGCGCACCCAGCAAGCUCGAUGAGCUGCAGAUUGUCUACUAUGACGAGAACAAUACCACGCGAUUGAGCAUGUCCCAGUGGAAGAGCAUCAAGGUGCUGGAGUGCGCCUGUUCAUGAGAAAGAGGAGCAAGAGAAAAGGAACGAAACAGUCUAUCAUCUCUACUAGAGACACAUACUCUACCAUCGCCGAGGACUCACCAAAGAAUUGUCCGAAUUACGGUUCGGUGGUGCCACACGUGGUUGCAUCAAAAUACAUACUAAUAAUCAUUAAUAGAUACAUUAAGCAAAGGCGAAACUAUAUAAAUACAUUAUAAUCGUCUAAAUAAUUUUAAGACUCUUGCAUAUCUCUGCGACAUCCUUUAGAUUUCCAUUUUUUUUUUUCGUUAGGUUCGUACCGAUGAGGCAUUACCGAACACGUCAGAUCCUGUAAUUCGUUUAGGGUCUCGCAUUGACUGUGAUACUAACGAUAUUUACUCAUUAUUAUAUUCCUUAUUACGCAACGAUCGCAAAUUUCAUAUCAUUAGGAUAGCUUUGCUAUAUUUGAACCUGGUUAAGAAAAAGAAUAAAGCAAGUUCUCCCGCUGUAACGAACUGUCAUUGCAUCUUUGCACAUUUUAAUAUUGUCGACAAUUAUAGCGAUGACGACAACGAUGACGACCACGAUAGUCAUGUCAAUUCGUUUUUUAACUUGGAGAAUAUCCUCUUCCUUGUACGAAACGCCAUCAUUGUAUAUCUAUCUUUCUUUUCUAUCUGUUAAUUUAUUAUAUAUAGUCACGUAGAUUUUUGUACGAAAUAAUUUAUGGUCACAAGUCAAUGUCUAUUAACAUAAAAUGCGUGACAAAAUUAAAAUUCUUUUCUACCAAAUC